AUGGACAGAUACAAUCAACACAGUCAGAGUCACAUCUCAGAUUCCAAGAGGAAACAGUGUGUGAGAAAGAGAGAAGAGUGGGUAAUGUGUGUUGUGGCUUUGGGCAGUGAGUCUGAGCAAGAAAGAGAGAGAGAGAAGGGAACAAAAGGUUAUUCCAAAACGCAGCACGACAAAGCGUACUCCUUUGUCGUUUUGAUGAUAGUUUUGAUUUUUGAAAUUUAAUUUCCGGUUUUAGACCAUUUCCCAUGUCCAAACCAAACCCGGGAAUCUUUAUAGACUACUUUUUUCUUAAUUAGGUUUAGUUGAUAAUUUAAUUAACUCGUUUCUCAUUCACAUAUUUGUCAACAAUAAUUGGUUAUUGACUUGCCUCUCCGGUCGUGUAGCUAAAAUGUAUGACUCCAUUGUUAUUUGUUUUCUCUGUAACUUUUAUGGAGUGUGAAUUCAAAUAAAAUCCAAACAAAGAAAAAUCUGAUCUUAACUUAUUCAGACACGAAGUAUAAGAUAUUCUUCAUGUUCCUUUUGUUUCUGUCAAGUGUCAACAUCUACUUUUAUUUGCCAAAAUCUACUUUUCUUCUUACAUCAAUAGUCUUGCAUAAAUGGGCCUUCACAUUAAAAUACAAUGGGCCCUAAGUUAGCUUAUUUAUUUUAUUAACCAAGCCCACUCACUAACCAUUUAAAAAAGCACCAAUAUAUCAUCAAUUAGUAAGAGUUUAGCAAAAGUGCAAAACUAAUAAAUUUUCAUUAGGCGUGCAAAAAUGUGCAAUGCCCGUGAAUUUUGAAGGGUGUAGGACUGAGGAGACUUUGAUAGUAUGGUCGGUCGGGAAAAACUUUUUUAAAGCUUCUCAAAGCAUCCACUUUUAACGUUAAGUGUAUUUUGGGACGCUAUGGGUCCUGGUAAACAUAAAGUUAUGUUUUCUUUUAACGGUUAUAUUGUUGAUUUAUUGUAGAAAAUCAUGUCUGCCUAAAAGGUAUUAACAAAUGUUAUUCGAAAACACCAUUGUGUUAAAAGUAUUUAAUCACCAUUGUAAUCUUUCUUAAUUCUUGAUUUGAAAAAAAAGAAAUUC